AUGACGUAGCUGGGCUGGGAGCUGUAGAGCGAGCGUCGUUGCGGUUGGUCGCGGAGGAGUCUGAGCCGCCCUGUCAGUCAGACACCGAGCUAUGGGCCGGACACCGGGGUUCCUGCUCGCCACGGCCUGCUUGGCCCUGCUGUGGGGGGCGGCGGCGGGGAAAGACAGCUGUGCAGAUCUUAAAACCUGCAAUGACUGUGUUAAUAGCACUAUCCCAGGAUGCAGGUGGAUUCAGUGCAAAGGAUCAAACUUUUCUUGUGAAAAUGCAACAGGACUUAACUGUACUGCCAUUUCACAGUGUUUUUAUUCAUCUACUGCUGCUACCACAGCUGCUAAUGCUACCACAGCUGCUAAUGCUACCACAGCUAACAUCACCAAUACAACUUCACCUGCUGCUUCAUCUACUGCUUCAAGUACUCCAGUUCUCUCAACAAUCAGUACACCAGGUACAACACAUGCUACUGAGAGUCCCCCUAAACCAGCUCCUCACAAGUCUACAUUUGAUGCUGCCAGUUUCAUUGGUGGGAUUGUCCUUGUACUGGGUCUGCAGGCUGUAAUCUUCUUCCUGUAUAAAUUCUGCAAGUCCAAAGAUCGAAACUAUCAUACUCUCUAGAACCUGUCAUUUUACAAUGGACUAGUAGCCCAACACCUGUAGUUCACUGAACCAAAAUAUAUUCUCUGUCCCGUAUGGAACACCACAGUUCAGAAUAUCCUUUAAAUCUCCAAAAGAAGACUUUUUGAAAGGAUGAUAUUUUUGUAACACUAUACUUGGUAAGAGGUGGUAUGAAUCACCUCUGGCUCAACAGAGGUACUCAAUAUGCUGCAUGAGUCCUUGUGAUUAUCUUAUUUUUCUUUAGUGGCUGCAGCUGUGGGACUUUAAAAAAAAACAAAAAACUUGACAUGCCAAAUGUAGACUUACAAUGAUUCUUGUAUUCAGUGGUAACACUGUCUUGAGUAGACAAUCUCACGAUGAUGAUUGUGGAGGCUGAUUUAAUCAACCAUAAGUGCAGUAUCCCUAUAAUUUUAUCAAUGACUGACUUCUGGGAGUGAAAUAUCAUUUGUGCUAGCUUGUGGCUCUCGUAGUGUACUGCGAGGAAGGUUAACAAAGGAUUGUAGAAAUGGAAACUGUCUUCAUAAAAUAUCCUUUUUGGAUGAAAAUAAUGCCAAACCCAUAUUUUUCUACAUGAGAAUUAAAGAUGCCAACCAGGAAUUGUAUUGCACAUUUUAAUUUCUUAAAUUUGGCCUUUUCAGUUGUUAAACUGGAAGGGUGGUGAGAAUAUUUCCCCUCCAUGUAAGAGGAAAUAAAGUCCAGUGCCUUAAAGAAUAAAAGAUAGGUUGCAAAUUCAAAUGUUUGUGCCAUUUUCAUUUGUAUCAAAGUUAAAGGCUGAUGCAGUACUAGCCUAAUAGAGUAAAGCAGAGUACACCUUUCCGAUCUCAACAUUCACUACAACAAAAACAUGGCUAACAUUUUAUUUUCUGACCUUUUGAGAGGUUGACUUCUUUUGUGAAUGAGGGACUGGGAUAUUGGACUAAUUUUGAAGGUGAACUAGAUUUUCACUAGUCUCAAUUUCUGGCCUGUAACAAGGCAAGCAUAGGAAGGCCAUAGCAUAACUUCACAUUCCUGACUUCAAAAGGGCACCAACUUAAAUCACAUUUGUCUGAAAAAAUGUUAUCUAUUAUUGUUAGAGGCAUUCAAGAUUACUAUAACAGAGAAACAGUUUGCUUUGUGCAUAGUAAGUUUCACUGUCCUCCACUGCCUAUGAACACUUUCUCCUCCUCUUUGUGUGGGCCUCUGAUGCAGCACUAUGGGAGUGAAACAAUUCUAAGAUAACAUUGGAAAUGGACUGGGCAGGCAUAGCACUUGAAGCUACUUUUAACUAUUGACUAGAUUUCAAAUGGAUGGUGUUCCUUAUCCCCAUUUUGCAGAAAUUCUAUAGUCUUAUGCAGCUACUGACUUGCAUGAUUUAAAUGUUUACCUUAAACUGGGUGUUUAAACAUUGACCGCAUGAUCACUAAUUAAGUUAUAAAACCAAUACAUUGCCAUAACUUAAUAAGUAAAUGAAAAAGCAUUUUAGUUGCAGUGCGUUUUAUUUCCUCAUGCUCUUCUACCUUGGAAAGCAUUCACUUUGUUACGCUGCAUAGAAAACUAAACUUGCUAUAUAAAAUAAUUGUUACCAGACCGUGCUGUACCUUCAGAGAAUUGCAAUUUAAUGUACUUGUGACAAAAGCAGUCAGCUCAGGUUUAUUAAACAGACUGACCACCCAACUUCCAGCAAGCACCAUUUGUCUGGAUUGGAUGGUGUAUCCUUGGCCUUAUAUUGUAAAAUCAUUUAGUCUGUCAUUCCCAGCUCCUUAAAUUGUUUCAUAACUUAAUUUGGGCAAAGGAACAUGCUCUAUGCACUUAUUUCUAUAAUGUGACAAGACCGACCUCCCACUUUACAAACAGUAGAUAUUCCCAGUUGUAUUUCAUAAAACAAUUUUGUUUAGUAGUGUUCCUAAUUCUCUAAAAGCUGCCUCUAACAUUUUGGUCUUAGAAACUUGCAGCAAAAGGCUACGGGACAAUUUAAGAAAAACAAUGCCACAGUUAAACCUGGAGUUGAUUAAUUUAAUUACUGUGUAAAAUUUGGCUAAAAUGCUUUAGUCUCUCAGUGAUCUUGAUUUAUGUUAGAAAAUGUGCUCAUUAAGCAAAAACUUAAUCAUUUUUCAAGUGCCUUAAUUGUUUUUAAAAUCUGGCCUCAAAUUUGUUGGAAAAACCAGGCUGGGCGGUAACUUGCCUUAGUUACUAGAUUAAUCCCUCAGUGUCAGCAAUUGAUACUUUCCAAGACUUUCCAGGAUCUUGGUGCCAUUGAUGUCGAUCUUCAGGAAGCUCUAAUUUUGUAAUGCAGUUAUUGCAGAAGUAUAGGUUUAGUCUUGUUCUAGGAAGGUGUAAGUUUUGUGCAGCCGCCUAUAUGCUUGCCUUGCUAGACAAACUAACUUCCCCAAGUUGCUGAUAAAAUCAUAGCUCAGGCUUAGUUUCUGUCUGACAACUCAUUCUAGGUUGCCAGACGUGUGCUUGGGCUGCCUUGCUAUGGUUUUUGUUUUGUUUUUUGUUAAAAUUGAGACAGUUUCCUUGCAGAAUUACAGUGCCAGUUAGUCUAUGCUGGCUACUAGCAGGUGACUAAUAGAACUUUCAGGUCCUCUUAGUCGUGUGUUUUGAAGUGGAAGGUAGCUUUCUUAAAUUGUCUCCAUGGAGUAGUUUUAUUUGCUAUUAGGCUGUCCCUUUAAAUCAGAUCUUAAGCACUGAACUGUAGUGACCUUUUUUCAAGCUGUUUAUCAUCUGACUUGUUCUUGAAACCACCUUGUGCAAAUAUAUAUUUAUCAAACCUG